GCAUUUUCCUUUCCAGAACUCCCAAUGACUCUCUUCUCCUUAUAAAAAUACCCAGCCAUCUCCAUGGCUCCUUGCUUGUUUCCUUUCUUUCGUCAGUAACACAACCAGGGACUUCAAGUGUGAGAUUUGAAUAGCUCGGUGGCUUUUACGGUCAUAGAUUAUGCCUUUCCAUGGUUUUAUGUGAUUAACAAGUUGUUAGCUUGGUUGAUAGAUUUUGAUGAACUUCUCGUUUAGCCGAAUUGGAAGCUUGUGAGUUGAAAAACUGAAGAUAAAUGGAGAUUGGUAGGGGAGGGUCGUCGUUCUCUUAUUAUACCAUUCUUGGUAUUAGUUCAGAUUCAACCAGUACAGAAAUAAGGAGAGCUUAUCGCAAGCUUGCUCUGCAAUGGCAUCCAGACAGGUGGACAAGAACGCCUUCUUUGUUGAGUGAAGCCAAACAGAAAUUUCAACAAAUUCAAGAAGCUUAUUCAGUUCUAUCAGACCACAAGAAAAGAACAGUGUACGAUGCAGGGUUAUAUGAUCCUGAAGACGAAGAUGAGGGAUUUUCUGAAUUUAUGGAAGAGAUGGUGUCUCUCAUGGCUCAAGUGAGGAGGGAGGAAAAGGAUUAUUACAGUAUGGAGGAGUUACAGAGCAUGUUUACUGAGAUGGCUCAAGAUUUCAAUCAGUCACCUUCAUGGCGUUGCGGCGCCUCCGUUAUUGAUGAGUCCCCUCAAUCCGCAAAGAGGAUCCGUUUGGAAAAACAUGGGAGAACCUAAUACUAAAUGUAAUACCUACACGCUAUCUCACUUGAAUUGCAAUUCAAUACAAUUGUUGAUGCCAGUCUUCUUCUGGCUUGCUUGUUGAAAAUUUUGCUCCAAUGUGGCGGUGGUGAUGAUGAAGAGGAUGAAGAACAUGUGGCCUUCGAGAGUGAUUCUGAAGUCAGAAACCUGAAAUGGAAUGUAAAUGAAGAACUCACAUUUUCGACCUAUAGGCCAUUGGAUUGUAAUUGUUAGCGCCUGUUUUGUUAUGAGAAUAGGAUGGAAGUGAUUUUGUUUGUUUCUGGAGAUUUUGAUGAACAUUUUGCUGAGAGAAAGGUUUAGGGAAAUUUGCUGAAUUCUAUUUUUGGUUUGGGUUUUGGCAGUGAGUGCUUGCUUGUUUGAAAUGAUGCUCAUUUCUAAGUUUCUGAUUUGGUGUUAUGUAUUACGUACACACAAGAUUAAGAGGAAAUAUCUUUGUUCAGAGCUUGUUAAUGUGCUUA